ACCGUACGGAGGAACCCGAUGGUCAGUGCACGGUAUGGUGGCGGUAGAGAAUAUAAUCUCCGAGAGAGAGGGCCACCGAGAUUGAGCUGAUUAACCCCAAACCGAACCUCCUCAAACCCUAGAAUUCCUUCAAUCGGUAGCCAUGGCUUCCUCUCGCGACAGCUUCGUCUACCUCGCCAAGCUCGCGGAGCAGGCCGAACGAUACGACGAGAUGGUGGAGUCCAUGAAGAAUGUUGCCAAACUUAACGUGGAAUUGACUGUUGAAGAGAGAAAUUUGCUCUCUGUUGGUUACAAGAAUGUGAUCGGUGCGAGGAGAGCGUCCUGGAGGAUCCUGUCAUCCAUUGAACAAAAGGAGGAGUCAAAAGGAAACGAGAUCAAUGCCAAAAGGAUUAAGGAGUACAGGCAGAAGGUUGAAUCAGAGCUCGCCAACAUCUGUGGCGACAUCAUGAAAGUGCUUGAUGAGCAUCUCAUUCCCUCAGCCACUGCUGGCGAAUCGAAAGUUUUUUACAAUAAGAUGAAAGGAGACUAUUAUCGAUACCUUGCAGAGUUCAAGGCAGGUGAUGAGAAAAAAGAGGCUGCUGACCAGUCAAUGAAAGCGUAUGAGGUAGCUACAACUGCUGCAGAGGCUGAAUUGCCUCCUACACACCCAAUUCGAUUGGGUUUGGCUUUGAACUUUUCAGUCUUCUACUAUGAGAUUAUGAACUCGGCUGAAAGAGCAUGCCAUCUUGCAAAGCAAGCAUUUGAUGAAGCUAUCUCAGAGCUUGACAGCCUGAAUGAGGAGUCCUACAAAGAUAGCACUUUAAUCAUGCAACUUCUGAGGGACAACCUUACCUUGUGGACCUCUGACAUCCCAGAGGAGGGAGAAGACACCCACAAGAUAAAUGGCACAUCGAAAGCUGGUGGGGUGGACGAAAUGGAGCAAUGAAGUAGGUGCCUGGACAUGCUUCAUACAAGUGAAGACACCACCUAUUAGAGACUUAAUCGUCUCCUAUGGAUUUGGUUCAGACUUCUUGGGGUGAUUUAUGAUAUUGUUAUAAUUAUGUAAUAUCUGGAGGUGGUCGUGCUGACUUUCAUUUGCAGAACUCCUCGUUUGGGUCAUGGCAAAUGCAGUGAAGAGGGGGGCCUUGCCCAUUUGGCUGAUUGUGUUUGAUAUUUGUAACAGAACUUCCUGUUCCCAGAUAUAGGAAUCUGUUGUUCGGUCUUGAAGUUUAUUAAGCUUAUAGCUUGACCUAGUCUGUUUACACUUUUCAGCUUCUUGCAUAUAGUUAGUAUAAAAGGCUGAGCAGACCAUGUAGCAAUAAUCUGUUGCCACAAGUGAUGUGCCGUGAUUAGUGCGCACCUCGAAGGUUAAUAGCUUAGCACCGGUACUGCAAUUGAUUGUGGUAAUUUGUGCAAAGUAUCAGGGACAUAUUCCGUGGGACUUUUAAUUCAAAAUAUUCAAGUGCUGGCGAGGCA